UGGUAUAGAUACAUUACAUUACCUGAACAACUUGAAUAGACGCGGCUAACUACUCUGUCUGAAGAUUAUGUAGUCAUUCUGAAUGACCCAUACAUGCAUCAGUACAGACGUUGGUUGAUAUGAAGAUGAUACAACUUUCAACUGAACAAUGGGAACAGUGAAACAUUUGCUACUUUGGGUACAGAGAGUGAUGACCAGCAGGUUCAGCCAGUUCAAGGCUGGAUUGGUCACGAGUUGAGGCUUCUGAGAAUGUUGUGUCCUGUGUCAUCUGGGUCUUCGUCAGGCAUCCGUCUGGCCAGGCUGUCCCCCACAGCCACAGCGAAAGAGGACACCCAAACAGUCUCUCCAACUGCUAAGAAAAAUGGCCUACCUUCUUUCUCUCUCCUUCUUCCUCCUCUUCCUAGGACUCACACAGGCCCACCCUCUCCAGCUUGAUGAGAAGGAUGAGAUGGUCUUCACAGAAGACCCAGAUGAUCUGGUGGACAUCACCACCAGGAUCCUGGAGACCAACAAUGGCACCACAGAGAUGCUGAUGGAAGGAGACGUCAUGGUCCCCAGAACCAGGACUGCCAUCAGGUGCUUGUGGUCCAACAAAUGUCUCUGGGAGAGGAAGAAGUCAGAGAACCUCGUCAAGAUUCCUUACACGCUCAGUUCAGAUUUUGACUCUUACUCCCAGGGGAAGAUCAAGUAUGCCAUGAACACCUUCCACGCCAAGACCUGCGUGCGCUUCGUCCAACGUAGCAACCAGAGGGACUACCUUAGCAUCGAAAGCAGAUCCGGCUGUUCUUCAUGGGUUGGAAAAACCGGAGGUAAGCAGCUCGUAUCCCUCGAAAAAGGAGGGUGUGUUUACCACGGUACCAUCCAGCACGAGCUGCUCCACGCUCUGGGUUUCUACCACGAACAGAACAGGAGUGACCGCGACAAGUACAUCAGGAUCAACUGGGAGUAUGUUGAACACGGUGAGGAGCCCAACUUCGACAAAGAGGACACCAACAACCUGGACAUUCCCUAUGACUACUCCUCCGUCAUGCAUUAUAAUAGAUGGUCGUUCAGCACUGUGUAUAGGAAGGAGACGAUCACUCCUAUUCCUGACGCCACUGUGCCCAUCGGACAGAGCUUGGAGAUGUCUGCGAUCGACGUUCAGAGGGUUAACAAGCUCUACAGGUGUUAAAGGGAGGGAAAAGUUGGAGCUGAAUCUGAUGUCUGAAUCUGAUGUCGGAAUCUGAUGUCUGAAUUUGAUGUCGGACUGUCAAUGUUAAAAUGAUCUGGCAUUGUGUUGUUUGAAGGCAACGUGAGGUUAACUCAUUUUGUCAUGUUCGUUAGUUGAUAGUAAUGGAAAUAAAAAUACAUCUCAUGAGGAAGCACAUAAGUCCUC